UUCAGACCAAACACACCUCCAUUCCUCAAAAAAUAACGACAUGUCUUCAAGUUAUCCAAAGCACUGGUGCUUUCAUCGUAUCGUCACUUUUCUGUGUGCUUUAUUAAUCAUCGGUUCAUUUGUUGUGAUCAUCAAAAAAGAUUGUCAAUGUAUACCAUUGCCCAGCGAUGACAAACUAUGGCAAAACAAUAACAUUAGUAUUAUGGAAGAAUUUUUUGAACAUUUUUACGAUACAUUAAAAGUCUAUCAUAUUAUUGUUAUCUGUGCCGAUAUACUACUGUUCCUUUUGGCCUUUAUUAACAUAGCACCCAAUCAAGAGGAUCUCAGAUUUGGCUUUCAUUUACUUGUGAUCAUCAUAUUGGGUGGCAUAACACUGUUGACAGCUUAUGCCUCGUAUGUGGCAUUUUAUAUGCCCUGCCAUUCGUACAAUUUGUUUGCCUCGUCGAUCAACACCGAUCACCAUAGAGUACAUCAUAGUUCGGGAACGGGCGCCAGUGGGACGGCCACAACAACGACAGGAGUCGGCAAUAAUGGAGCCCAGGGCGCUGGAGGCACUGGCGGUAAAGUUAAAUUGCAUAUCUAUCCGCAUCACAGUACCAAAGACAAGAUAAGCGGCAUCAAUGCCUACGUUGAAUGGGAUGUCAUAAUGUUAGGCAUUACCGGUAUCGACGGUUUGGCCGCUUUUCUACUGUUCCUGUCGACGGUAGUACUGUGUUUGGACGCCCGCGAAGAGGCCAUUCAGGACGAGUAUGUGGCCAGAGUUAGGUCAAGCAUUUACUAA